CAGGAUGCGAAAGCCGUGGUCCAGAGGGAGUGCUCAUAUACAGAUUGGCUACGGUGCUCUCUGAUCCUUAAUCCCGCCUGCUCUGAACCUCAUAAACUGAAGACACAUCCCUGAACCUAGGGUGUGGUUCUUCAGAAUUUUUGGGUUAAGGAGGGGGAGUAACUGAGCUGGGGGAGCGGGUGGAGCACGGUGUUCUCAUGAGUCCAGUUGGCCUGGGUCUCAAGCCAUGGCGCCCAAGAAGAAGCGCGGACAAAACGCUGGGCGCAAGCAGGCGGGCCAAAGUGGGGAGCCACAGCUCUCGGAGCGCGGGCAGUACUUACAGCGCGAGUAUGCGAUGCUCUCGGAGAGCCUGGCGGUCUGUGAGCAGCGGAUAGACGAGGUGCUGCAGAGCAAUGCGUUCCUGAACAGCGAGGCGCAGCGCUUAAAGGAAGAAAACCGGCUUUUUGUCGGUUAUGUGAGCGCGCACGCUCUGCGCUGCGCCAACGCCAUCGUGCGCCUCGAGGACCAGAACCGCACAGACCUGGCGCAGAUCCGGUGGCAGCGAGCGGAGCUGGCGUCGUUUUACCACGGCCGCGAGGACGGGGUGCGUGCACAGCUGCAGGAAAUGAAGAAGCGCGCAGAAAACAUGACACAGCAGGUGCAGGAGCUGCAGCCCUACAAGGCCAGUGCGCGCGCCCCCGCGGACCGGGCAGGGUCGAGAGGGGUGGGCACGCUCCCUACCGGUGCUCUGAUCGGCACCCACCGCCCCACCUCACCCCAUGUAGGAGUUGCAGCUGGAGCAGCUGGCACGAAUCCGGACCCUGGAGCGUGAGCUGCUGCAUAUGCGCGUGGAGCACACGCAGCUCCUCCACCAGGUGAAGCAACGCUUCCUGGAUGAUAAGUCUGCUUUCGAGCGGGAGGCACGCCUGCACGUGCAGUCCCUGACACGUCGCGCAGAGCGGGAGGCAGCGCUUUCCCUUAUUUCCCACGCACAGGCCCUCAAGGCAGACAAUGGGCGUCUCCGACAAGAACUCAUGAGGCUUCUCCAGAGGGCCCAGUUACUGCAGAACAUGCGCCAGCAGCUGCUGGAGCAGCGGGAGCAGCUGCGCCGGGAGCACGUGGACAUGCAGAACCUGGAGCACAUGCACGGCUGGUUGCACAGGGGUCCCGGAGGGCCACCACUCUGGCAGCCACCCCAAAGCCACCAACCUAACUUGCGCAUCGGGUCAUUUGUCACCGCGCUGGACUCAACACAACACAUGUUAAGAGCCCAGGCUGCACCCCAAUCAUUUUCGUCCUCCCGGGUUCCAUCGGUGGAUCAGUCGCACCGAGCCUCCAGGAGUCCAUCCGUACUGUCCAGUGAGUCUUUCCCGGGCCGGUCUCUUAAGGCUGGGUCUGUGAUUGCUCCCCGGAGUUCAUCCGGUCUAAGAUCUCGAGUCUCAUCUCUGACUCCAUCACGCAGGGGCUCGCGGAUCUCAUCCGUGACCCCGUCACGCAAGGGCUCCACAGUUCCAUCCAUGACCUCAGGUCCCUUGCGGCCACGGGAGGACUCUCGACUCUCUCCGCAGCCCUCCUUGCGUGAGAUGUCUUCAGAAACUGACACACCUGCAAAAUCCAGCUCCAAGCUUUUUUCAGGGCUGUCGGAAGAUCACUUCCCUCUCAGCCCACAAUUGGAAGAGACAGAAAACACUGUGGACAACACACAAACUGUCUUGGAGCAAGCCUGAACAUACACGAGGGGGCAGGCCAAUAGGUCAUGGAGUGGGGAGACAUACCUUGGAAGAUUUCUUGGUGCAUAAAUAUGUUAAUAAAAGUGUAAAAUGAA